UAUUUCUGGUAUUGCAAUAUGCAAAGUGGCGACCAAAAAGUUUGCUAAAGAAAUUUACUGCCUUUUAAGACGCAAAGUGAAAAGAUUAAGUUGGAUCUUAUGGAGGCCAGAAACAAGAAAGAAACGGCCAAGUUCUGCGGAAAUAUCAUGGUUAGAAAGACCAGAAGAAGAAGUUUCCUCGCCAAAUCUAUGUUUCAAGGUGUGUUUGGAGUCCUCACUGAAGUCGCUUUUGAGUAUUAUAACAGCUCGGCACAAUGGGUGAGUUUCGUAGACUGUUAAUCAUAAUUGCCUUAAUGUGCUUUUAACUGUCAGUACGAAAUGUCGUAAGCUCAUGAACUGAUGAAUAGAAAUUAUCCAGAAUCGUGGACUGCAUCCAGUAGGUCGUUCAUAUAUGCACAAGCAUCGGAUCGUUUCUGCUGGAACGAAAUUCAUUUUGAGCACUAGCUAAAAGUUGAUUCACACUGAUAUGUAAAUCUUUGAAUUUAACUGGAUGGAUGGGAUAACGCGAAGCGCCGAUCCGUAAAACAUCCAAAGGCAGUAAAGUGAGCACCAAAAAAACUAUCUUAUGCUCGAAAAUUCACUUUGAAUAUCACAGCCGCGCAGGAUAUUUCCAUCUCAGAAAAAAGGCUAAAAAUCAACGUUUUAGUGAGAGUAAUUUAAGAGUGUUUAAAAUAGUAUCCGUGCCUUCACAAGCAAUUCUCGAUUCAGUGUGUUUGAUACAGCCAGCUACGUCACAUGCUCGGGCAAGAUCAAAUGAUGGAAUAUUGGACUCUGUUUGAAAUCGAUUGAAAGACACAACCUUGAAAUAAUAACGUUUAAUGUCCACUCAGGUUAAAACAUCCCUGGAAGGGACGGUAGACAGCAUAGGAAACGCACUAUAAUAUGCGAUAAUUGUGCGUGGAACCAUCUAGAUGGUAAUUUAGUUGACAAACGAAACAACUUCAAGACCGAUCAAUUCACAGCUUUUUCAACUAUCCAUGCUCAUCCAGUGAAGUGGGAAAACAUAUCGUAUUUGGUAUGAUCACAACUUCAUAAUCUGACUGUUCCGAGUCCAAAUGAUCUUGCUGCCAUUUGCAUGCUCGUUCAUAUUGAAUUAUCAAUUUCCUUUUUUUCCGAUAUGUGACAAGUCAAUCUUUUGGUAUGACUGUAUUGUUUACUUGCAUCGUGAUGAUCUCAUCAAUAUGUUGCCCAGGUUUGUAAGGAUAUUAAUUUUUUGGCGUCUGCACAAUAGAGUAUCGGCCUGAGAAUGAACGGCUGAUCGAGGGGGAAAUGGGCCCGAGAGAUGUUUUUUCACAAUUUUGCCCGUAAACUGCCCAGGAAGACACUCACACAAGAGUAGAUACAGGGGCCUGUAGGUCAGCAAGGACUUCAAAGCCAGUUAAUUGCAAAAUUACCGUAAGAUUACAACACUACACCAAUUACAAAACACCCUAUGACGAAAAACAAUCCGUUUCUAAAGAAAGUAAGUACGACAUCGCCGGCCGCACACGCAAACCCAAAACCACUUUGUGGAAAAAAAGGAACGUAUACUCUCGCCAGCUGCAAUCAUCUGCGAUGAAGACAACUCGGGGGCAGAGGUACACAGAAACUAACGACUGCCAAACGCCUAUAAGAAAAACAAAAUUGGCAAAUAGAAUAAAUAAAGUUAAGAGCUUGAAUGGAUGUUGAUCUAGACUGAUUCGAAUUUGCAACUCUUAAUUAAACAUAUCUCAGAAGGCUAUCCAAAAGUCCUCAUAUCCGACCCAGCGUCUCUGGUCUGUGCAGGCCAAUAGCUAUUUAUUUUCUGUCUUUUCGAGAGUUUUUCAUAGGCAUUGCUUUCGUGUCCCCUUGGGACGAAUAAAAGUACCAACUGAAGAAAAACGAAUUGAAAACAUUUUUUAUGUAAAAUUUAUAUGCGGAUCAAAAGAUAGACAGUCUAACCCCUCGUUACGGAUACUUCUAUAAUAUGGACACCUCUCAAUUACGGACAGUUCGUUUGGUCCCAGAAAUGCCACCUCCCUGUAAAGCAGCUUGAAGCGGACACUUGGUUCUGUCCCUUUGGUGUCCGUAUUAAAGAGGUUUGACUGUAUCAGUGGGAAACGUGAUACUGUCGAAUUUGUAAUUAAUUGAAUACCGUAAACUGCCACUGCUAAGCCCUGAGCUUAUGGGGAGGGAAGGUGUAUAAGUGUGGGGGGAUCUUAUAUCCGGGGAGCUUAUAACAGGAUGUAUUUUUUGUUUACAGAGGGGCUUAUAAGUAGGGGGGGGGGCGCUUAUAAGCGAUAGUUUACGGUACACCUCUUUUGAUCAUACUACGUCCGUUAACGUCCUCUCCUGUCCUCAUGAAAUGCAUCCAUUUUAACCAAGCGUGCGGAUGGAUAGGCCCACCCAGGUAAUCUUUUCUUUUCUUAUCUCUUAAAACGAAAUUAAGUUUUGAGAGAAGUGCGUUUCCAUAAGCAACCGUACAGAGGCGGGGGAAGGAAACUUUGCAAAUUACGGUUUAAGUUGGUUUAGCCUGCUAAUACAGCAGUGUCUCUCCCCGCUCCUAACCACUGAGGUACGUCUCAGUCUUGAGAGACCGUGAAACGCUCCAGAGAGACAGCUGUAUUUGUAGACUGACAUUGCUUUGCUCAGAAAGAAGAAGGUAAACCCUUUGGUCAAGUCACUGACAAUCUCUGUGUUUAAAUCAUUUCUCAGACAAAAGGAGAAAAACCAGAUUUUACCAUUGAAGUAAUAGAUAUUCAGUCUGUUGAAGAAGUGGAUGAUAGUGCGUUUAGCCAGGAGCUUUGUUUUCAGGUAUUUUUGCUGUGUGAAGCGCCCCCUCUUUUUGUAAGGACAUGCGAACAGUCAGACUUCUCGUUCUAUAGCCGUGGCGGAUCCAGGGGAGGGGCCCGGGGGGCCCGGCCCCCGUUAUUUUUUGACCAAAUUGAGGCCCGACGGGCCGAAAAAAAUUUUUUUUUUUGAGGCCACCCCUUCCUUAUCUCAGGGUCUGGAUGACCGCCCCCACCCCCCGCCUCCCGUCCCCUGUUAUCUGAAGGUCUGGAUCCGCCACUGUAAAGCGGUUAAGAUUCGUGUAGCGUUGUCUCUUUGUUAAAACUACGUUUUAUCAAAACCUCCUCUUGUCACAAGCGCCCAAGUUUGGUGACCAUCAUAUGGUAUUGUCAGUCCCCUCUUUUAGGAUUAUUAUUACUAUAUUUUUAUUCAUUCAUUUCUUCUUUUUUCUCUUUUUUGGAAAUAUUAGCUUGUAUAGCUACUCUGUAAAUUCGAGGAUAACUAAACGUGAUGUUAUCUUAUGUUAUGUAAGGGAUAUGAAGUCUCAUGUAUAAGCAAGAAGCCGUGACAUUUUUAAUGCAAAAAUGGGAAUCUCUCGCACUUUUUUAUGCUCACACUAAAUCAAACUUACUUCCGAAAAUAGAAAGAAAAAUAAAAGAAAAAUAAAAUGAAAAAAAAAUGGCAGAAAAGAAAUAGCAAACUUAAUACCUAUUCGGCACUUCUCACGCAUAGUUAUUUUAACUUUGACAGAGAAUUUGAUACAAUCCAAGAUGGCGACUAAGAUGGGCACCAUUUUUUAUGACGUCACGAACUAAGUCUCUCAUUUUUCCGGUACACCUCGCCUGCUAGCCUGUGAAAACAGCCGUGUCUCCUUGCUCCUCGCCGCUUGGGAAGUUUCGCUGGAAAAACGAAACGCCCCUUACGGCGAAGAAUGAGGAGAGACGGCUGUAUUUGCAGACUACGAUAGACCUGGGGAGUGUUCAGUUAAACCCGGAUUUUUAUCUCUGCUCACGAUUCCCUUUACAGAUAGCUUACCAUAGUCGGACAAAGAAGGACAACUCAAACUGUCGCACAGUUUAUCUGUCUGCAUAUGAAGUAGAAGAGUUUGAGUCUUGGUUGUGUUCACUGAGACUAUGUAAGUAAGAAGGUGUAGAACCUUUCUUAAUCUUUCUUGUGAGAAUGAGUUUUAUUUGCAUAAGAAUUAAAAAAAUCAUUUUCAAAUCAGUGGCUUCGCACUAAGGCUCGCUUUGAAACAAAAGCUUAAGGCAACUGAAAUAGCCUAUUAUAAGGGAACUUAAGCAAAGACCUGUUUGAGCAACGUACGUCAACCGGAAGUGAAGCCUUCUCCAUUAUUUAUAUGGCUUGACGAUAAUAAAUUUCUGUCUUUUCUCAUAUAAAGGCGAUUCGCCCGAGAGUUUGAACCAAACCACUGCCCAAGAAUGUAAAAAGUCCAGUUCCGGUUGACGUGUGUCGCUCAAAAACAUCUUUGCUUAAGCUCCAUAAAGAAGGCGAGAAAGCACAACAACCUCAUCCCCAUGGCUUUUCUGGCCCCUUCCAUUUUCUGAGGGAAGAGCCCUGGAGACGAGGUUGACAUCCUAGCAGUGACUCAACCACGGGCCACAACCAUUUCCCUUGAUGUUAUCUUUCGCAAACCAGGGCUUUUGUUACAUAAACGUUUAUAAGAAUGAUCGUUUCCUAUAUUAAAGCUUAUACAAUUCGUUCAUUUUAAUGGUAUGCCCUCACUAAAACUCUGUAAUCUAAUUUCUAGCUUGUUUAGAAAACCCCGUGAGCCUAACUCAAUAUCACUCAGGAAGGUUUACCGGCAAGUCCUGGUCAUGUUGUAAAGCUGUUACGUUCCGGAACUCUCCCGGAUGUAAGCCAUGUAAAAUUUAUGGUAAGUAAACAACUGUAGCGACACUGUAAUUUUUCACAAAGCCAUUUCACGUUAUCUUUUAUUUAUACUCAAAAAUGAGUAUUUUUUUUAUUAUUGUCAUUUAAAAUUAGUGGGACUUUGUAAGUACAGUACGGUGGCAUCUGGAUAGUUUUGUAACUUCCAGUAAAUGAAUGGUGGUGGUGGUGGUGGUUGUGCCCAUGUAUAUCAUCUAAACAAUUAUAUUGGAUGAGGUUUUUGAAAUAUCCGGAAUAAUCGAGAUGCGAGGCAAGUGCUAUCCGCCGAGGCCGAAGAUUGGAGUUAUAAUACUGUUACAUUGUUAUAAAGAAAACACCUAUAUUUACACACAUGGCAUAACAUUUCUUUAUUAUCGAUUUCCCUUAUUUAGGUAUUCCAGAUAUUAAAAGGCACAAGGUACUGUUCGUUUAAAGGGAUUUAAUUAAUGUACGGGAUAACUACAAAACAGCACUGAAUCUUAUUCUUAAUAUUAUUACGAAAUGAAAUCUUUCCCAAAAGCUUUCAGAUGUUUACUUAUACCUGGAAGUGUCUACCUUAGCCGUGGCUAGGCAGUAAGACUAUGGAUUGAUACUAUAUUCCUUUCAAAGCAUUUAGCCAUUAAAGGAUUUCCAAAUUUAUCAAAAUAAAAAUAGUAAAAAAACACUAGCAUUAUUGAUCUCGUGCUUUGUUUUCUUCAGUUAUCACUUGCUAUCGCUUUUAGCGGUUUUGGUGUAGUCGCUAGUGAAUCGCAUUACUCAGACAUGCCUGGAAGCCUUCCCUUUAAUAAGGUAAGAGCAAUAUCCACGUUAAAACAAACAUCUCUUUUUAAUAAUGUGUAGUUUACUUUAUCGUAUUCAAGCCUUCCGUGUACGCGGAAAGGUUUACGGCUGUAGGUGAUUUGGGCAGUGACCAAUAGCCUUUUAUAAGUUUUAAAUCACGAAAGAAGUCAACAGCACUCUCCAUGUACCAUUGCGGUGAGUUACGGGUUAUAUAGCUUGUUCAUCAUAAUCAGAGGUGAAAAUGAUCGGGUCAGUUAAUAUAGUCUUGAGUGGAGUGUCUUGCCAAGUAGCCAGUCUUACUUUGGUAGCACGUAUGACUACCAAUUGUUUCUUGACAGGAGCCGGCAUCAAUAUUGGGCUCCUAAAUCUUGACAAAUGUCCACGUAGUUUAUAACAUUACCUGCGACAACAAUGAUUUCGGGCCCUUGUACUGAGGGAAUGACAUUGAGUGUUUCAUAACCCCUUAGUGUUUGCUUGACGCCAAGUGUCCUUUCGAGUCCUCACCCUGGAGUCCUUGUCUAGUCGUUUAAACCACGUUACCACGUCUGUUUUAUAACAAAGCGACUUGUCAAGGAAACCUUGCUAGUUCACCGACAUCAUAACACACUGCCUCCUACUCAGGCACUAUCGCACCUUGGUCGCAAACAAGGACUUGCGCGAAGAAACGCGAGUGGUCACAGGUUGCAGCGUGAUGUUGUUGGUUCUCGCUCUUACGUACCCUAAGGUGGUUUUUCUCCUAUUGCUUCAGUUCACCUUCUCCGCCUAAUCCUCCAAAAUUAGUUUAAGUGACUACUACUUAUUGAAGUUGUCUCCUUUUACUUUGGAAGGGUGAUCAUCUGACCGUCUCAGAUGCUUCUGGCAGUGUCGAAUGGAAGGCAUUUUCCACAACUUCGUAAGUAAUUUUCGUUUUUAGCACGCGUUCUCACCCGCCUGGGGCUAGUAUAGGAAGGCAUAGCUUUAUAUCGUCGAUCUCCCUCCCCGUCCCCCCCCCACCCAAUCAAUGGUUAAGAUUAUAACAGUAAUAGUACUGAGUGGAGUCAUAUGAAAGAUUAACAAAAUCAGUCCACCAUACUGCGGGACUCCUAUUUGUUUAAUCAGAAGUGCGAUUAGAGGCCCAAAUGAACGACACGAAGUUCUGUCACGAAUUAACCGUAACUACCACAAAGUUCACUGAUCUGUGAUCUGAUUGGCUGUCUGCAGCCCUGAUUUCGGUAUCUCUCUCUAUGUAAUAUAUAGCUAGUAAAACAAGAUAUUACUAGGGUAUCUAAAAGAUAGUAAUGCUGCGGCACAUUCUGUUGAUACUGGCAUUAGUUAGGCAGUGAGACUUAAAAGAAUCGAAAAUGACAUUGAAUGUCCUAUUUACAUGUUGGAAAGUACUAGAAUAAUUACCAUCAGUCUAUAGAAAGAACUGGUGGGAACGUUGUUUAGAAAAUGAUCAAGUGGUUAUAACUCUGGUUUUCCCACAGUAAAUUGUAGGAAAUAAUAGAAAUUCAGAUUGUUUAUCCAUAUAUUUAAUAUACGGUGCACGAUAUUUUCUCCGGAAACACAAUACUUUUCUUGCUGUUUGUUGCACUUUAUUAAGAAAGAGUUAUUUAGCUAACACAAAAAACGGAAAAAAAAAGAAAAAAGGACUUAUGAAUUCAGUAGGACUCGAACCCUGCAAAUUCGGCUCGACGCGACUACACCUAACCACUACACCACAGAGGCUGAUUACGUAAUUUUGAGGAAAAGUCUUUCAUUUUAUUCCUUUUCCAUGAAACUUCCGCCGGCACGAUGAUCGCCAGCCGCAUUAACCGAGCUAUUAACAGUGAAAAAAUAAUGUACACUCAUAUUCCAUGGCAAUGAAUGAAUGAAAGAACAUAAUUAUGCUUUUCAAAACGCCGAUACACGUCCUCGUCUGCAAAGUAGGACACAAGACAUAUGUUUUGUUACCUCGAUUUCCGCUGUUAUUUUGAAGCGAAUGGUCAAAAUCACAUCCAUUUUCGGCUCAUACAGUUUCUUAAGAAUAGCACUGCAUGACAUUUUCUGACUUUCACAUCACCUUCCAGCAAACUGGAAUUUGUAUAUCCCCCGUGUUGCGGAGUCGAAGAGCAAAUGCUCAUCUUCUCGUCAGGUUUAACACCUGGACGAGUCAAAGGUUCUUGAAUUGAAAUCCAAUCCCCAAGUUAACCAUUGUACUCAUAUGAAAGACUCCUGCGUGUCUUAAAAUUUGGUAAGACCUCUAACCGUGCUGUAGAAAAUUUGGCACAAAAAAUACUCUGAGCAGCGAACGAUGCACUCUCUCACCCACCGAACUUCCCCAUGUUUUUAUUUGAGUUGUUCGUGGCGCAAUGCACUCUGGUUAAAUGCAAUGCAUUGUGGUAAAAAGUGUGGUUAAAUGCAAUGCAUUGUGGUAAAAAGUGAUGAAUUCGAGAAUUCGUCGCCCCUUAUAUAUUUCCUUUAAAUCCUGAUUAUGCUGCUGCUCGCUCCCUUCGGUCGCUCCGCAGCAAUAAAAUAAAAGUAUUCUAAUAGACUGUAAAGAGAAGCAAAUACGGCUGCACAAAAUAAUAAAACAUAAAAUGAAAACAGUUUUUAGGAGUAAAUGGUGUGACUUACAUUUUCAUAGGACGAGUGGAUAUGGUUACAUUCCAAAGGAUGCAGUGAAUCUAAAGGAACUUCACGAAGAACCGUAAGUGCAAGAUACAUUCGGUUAGUUUUUUGUGAAGUAAAAUUCUUGCUACUUUGGUGUUUCUUUCAAUUGCAUAUUAUAUGUACCCCGGAUUGCGCUAAGUCGGAAUGUCUUUUUUACAUCAAUUGUAACCGUAAAAAAUCUUAACUGUGCUGACAGUCAGAUCAAUACAGAUGGAAGAAUAAAGAGUAAGUUAUUGAGACAACCUUCUUUGUUAACAGAAUUAUUGAGACCACUUCCCAGAUACUAUAUGCCUCAUCUACUUUAAGGGCGUGAUGUAAGCAGGAAUUAUUUCUUCUGCUAUUGCAAGGGGUAUUCUAGUCUGUUAGUUGUUUCUUCUUCUCACUUAUACUUAUAAAGCAAGACGCAAUGUUACAACUCUAGAAAGUGAUUUCAAGAAUUGACCUAUAAGUAAGGGAACGCCGAGUAAGAAAUUUCUACUACAAUGGAAAGGUGUAAAAUGUGGCAAUUGCCUUAACUACAUGUACAGUUACAGAUCGUUACAAUUCGCAGAGAUUCUACCCUGAUGUACUUGCUUUCUUUGUGCAGUAUUUCCUAAUAAGUCUUUAGCGAGUAAAUUCGCCACAAAAUAUAACCUGGGUAGUUGGCGGAGAGAGUUUUGAGAGUUUUGGCGGCACUGGCGGCUUUGCAGCUAAUCUGCCAAAACUUUGAUCGCCUGACCCCCGGCUACUCAGGCUACAGGAAAUAAUAAGGGUAGGGUAAAUGAAUGAUAGAUCGGAAAGGACAGAUAAUUAUACUAGUUAUCAGUGAUGUUUGCGAUGGUCUAUGACGCUAAUUGUUCAACCUACUUCACAGAUGGUUUUUUGAAGAAAUUCCCACCUCCGUCACAGCGGCAAUUCUUAGAGACCAGGUAAACUUAUUUUAACUUUACAAUACUCCAAUUCAACACCAAAAAUACUUUUUUAUGAAUUAUUGCAAAUAACCACACCAAAGCGUCACCAAUGUAACAUCCUCCUUGGAAAGAAUAGUCCCUCGUCUAUCGUGGCGAUUUCUUCGAUUUACGUGCAUUUAUUUAUAAAGGCGCUUGCGCGCAGUCCACUUCGCCACCUUCUACUACGCAUACAUCCCAGACUCCUAAAGACACACGAUUGGGUCUCCCCACGUCGAGACAGUCUUGGAUUCUAGAUUCCACACCGUGGAUUCCGGAUUCUUUGUUAGUGGACUUAGACUCCUGAUUCUAAUCGUUAGUGGGAUUUCGGAUUCAACAAGCAAACAUUUUCUGGAUUCCGGAAUCCGAGUUCCCUUACUAUGGGGCGAAAAGGGCUUUGGGAGACGGAAAUUGACCAUAACAACAAACCAUAAGCCAUCGUACUUAUAAGACAUGGUACAAAAACAACGGAGGUGAUGCUAACAUAGGCCGACUGUUCGCCCGAAGGCAAUUCAGUUCAAUUCGUCGCAUUUUCAAUUCAAUAACUUUACGAUUAAACAAAGUUCGACCUACUUUGGUACUCUUGAAAAGUUAUUGUACUUGACCAAUUUUACCUUUUUCUUUCUACAUUACUUUUAUCUCGUGCUUUUCGAUAGGUGGCAGGUUGUUUCAUCUUGCGGACGAGUGGAUUAGGCUCUAAAAUAAUUCUAUCUUUUAGGUGAGCAGUUACAAACCCUUUGCACAAUAAAAGUACAACAGAUAGGUUACAUGUAAUUUAAACCCUUUAGCGAGACAGAAAUCCCUCAGACACUUUUCUGCCAAAUUAGGCGAAUGACACUAGUUGGUAUGGUUACAUGAUUUGUUAAACUUCAAACCUUUUUUUUCACUUUGGCAAUCCUCUUGUCGCCAUGACAAAAAAGAAUUUCAAAGGAACCUUCGUGACGAAAAUUGUUGUAUCACUGGUAAACAGAUAAACACAUUAAAGUCACACUGUAGGUUAUAAUUGUUAAGGUAUAGAUAGUAACGUGAAUAACAAUCAAUGGUAUAACGAAAGCAACUAUGGAAGCAAUUGCUCGUGUGUUGCUUUUGCAGGACGGACAAAACAGUUAAACAUAUUGAAGUUCUUCAAGAUGAAGCAACCCAAAAGUACCGUGUGAAAGAUGAGUCAGAUGCGGUUUCGUAUGCAAAUUUUUUGCAGUUUGACAGCAUACAACAAUUACUGGAUCAGUGUAAACAACAUCCCAGUAAGAUGCGCUAAUUUAGCUAUUAAGGCUGGUUGUCGGAGUGAUCGGAGUCGUAUAAGAGCGCUAUUUGAAAUUAAAAAAAAUAUAUGAUAAGAUCGACGGAAAUCGGAGUCUGAGGAAUCGAUCCCCUUCGCUUAAUAAUUUAAUAAUUUUGCUCUCGCCCGGUAAGGACGCUUCCGCCAGCGCUCCGCGUUCUCGCUUUUAUGUGUCUGACGUGAGGCUAAUUUAGAUCAUUUCGUUUUUCGUUGACUAAUAGGAGACGAAGUUUAUCAGUAGUAUCUAGUCAUUAUGUCAAUUCUAGCUCUUUUUAGAUCUCUUGUUACUUUUAGUUGCAUUUAUUUCCUGAAAACACGACCCACCUAGAUUAGCAUAGCUACCCGCGGGCAAGUUACAUUAUGAUCUAACGCCACCCACUAGAUGUAUACAGACACCCACAGACAACCUGAUAAAGAAGCCUCAAAGUGAUCCUAGAGAUAUACAUCACAGACAUAUUUUGUAUUGAUCAAGAAAAUUUUAAGUUCAAUGUUAAAUAAACUUAAUCACUAAUAUCACUAAAUACAUGUAAAUGUCUCGUGGAAUUCAAUAGUAAUAAUCAAAAUAUAUUAUUGUUGCAGCUCUUGGGAUAACAUUGGAGAAAUACCCAACGCUCAAGAAUGCCGAUGGUAUGGAAUUUUGUUCUACAUACCACUCUUCAUUCAAAGAUAAAAUAUACGCCUAUGAAGAGAAGUACGCAGACUUCUGUGAAGGAAAAUGACUCCCAUUAAAUUGACUGAAUUGUCGACGCUUGUUAUUGUAUAAAUUUAAACUACGUUACAGUUACAAUUAUACAAUUGUACAGUUAUAUAGUUACAGCUUCUACUGUUAUACAAAAGUUCGAACAAUUAAAAAUGGAAUAUCCUGCGUCCUUCACAUGAAGGCUCUGCUGUGCAUGACGACAAAGGAAGCAAAAGCCUGAAGCAUCCAAAGUAGACACGACGGUUGUUAAUUUAGUCUUUUUAAUUAAUCCUUUUUAGAAAUCUGGAGGGUGGAUUGGCCAGAAGUUGAAAAAACAGGCGAGGUUGUGUCUAGUCUACCUUGGGUAAGAAAUUAAAGAAUAUUUGUGUAGAAGCUUUAACAAACACUAGAAAGAGUUUUUCCUAGAGUGUUUUUCAGUGAGAAAACAACGAUGGGAAAAGCUAUCUCCCACAAAGAGGUCUUAUUACCAUAAAUCUAAUUUUUCCGACUUGCCGUUCCUUUUCUUAUCAAAAAAUUAUCCAUUAUCCGCGAAGCUGUUAUCAUAUACUCGACGCAUUGAUUUAUCCAAAAUUCAAACGCUUCGAAGUAGUCAUACACGCUUUUGACAAGUAAUAUUAUUUGGCAAUCCGCUCUAAACUGGCCACCUUGGGAACGGAGGUAAGGUGCAGUGAGUACAUCAAUUUGGAGAGGAUUUUUUUGGCAGUUGGAACGCACUCACUGGCCUUUGUUGCCAUGUAAAGACACCUGUUAUAGAGAGAAAAAAACAAAGAAGAAAGUACGCUCUGUCCACUUGGACAUGGACAGAACUGAAGAAGUGGACUUUAGUAGAAGUUCCGCCGACUGUCUUGCAGUAAUAAUAGUUAGAAAUUGUAUCAAGUUCUUGGCCGACGAACGAACAUCUCUAUUCGACCUUGUAGAACGUUUUUACUGGCAAGUUUCACAACAAAGAAGCGUUAAUCCACGUUCUACCAGAGGGAAGCUCGGACAUACUCAAAGAGAAAUUCAGCAACCAGGCAAGGUUAAUGAUGUGAGUACAAAUAAUUAACUGAUUGCAAGCAAUUCUUUAGCAGGGAUGAUGCACCGGGAGAAAGAAUUCACAUUCUUUUGUUAAAAAUCAAACAAAAACAAAAUUUACAAGAAUGCUAAAAAAUAUGCAAUUUACAUUUAGUUUAAUAAACCUCCUGUAACGCCUUUGGUUUUUUUUUUAAAGAUUUUCAUUUAAUUUUCCGCGUAUGGACGAGUGUCUGCAUCACAACGAAUUUCGACUUCUUUAUUUCCUUUUCAAGUGUACAGUUUAAUUUGCAGUACACGCAAUGUUCCGAUCGGACUUUCCGUUAGGAUAAAUUUGAGUCCAAAUCACAUUUUUCUUGAAGUGUAGCUAUAGGCGGUGUCCAUUGCGGGUUAUUUAUAUUUUUUGUUUAUUUCACAGGACAUUAGGCCAUGAAAACAUGGUGCGCUUGCACGGGAUUGGAGUAAAAGGACCUCGAAGCUUUAUUGUUCACGAAAACAUGCAAAAUGGUACAACCUUCAAAAAACUUAUUUAGCUUUAGUGAAGCUACUGAACACCUUAUACAUAGAAAACAGAGUUUGACCAUUAGUUCUUAGAGACUAUAAUGUUAAGUUGGCCAAGCUGCUGACAAAACAGUCAAGAAAAAAAGGCUAUUGCGCCAAUACGCAAAAGCAACUCAAACGUUUUUCUAUUCCUUUUUUGACACAUCAGGUGACCUUUCAGAAUAUCUGAAACGAAACUCCUCCAUACUGGAGUCCAACCACACAGAGUUAGGAAAUAUUCUAAACCACGUGAUCAAUGGUAUGGUUUACCUUCACGAGUCUUUAGUGGAACACGGAGAAUUGGUAAGUACUUUGGGCAAGUGGGAUUCGCCCAGAUGUUGUAGAUAAGAUUCAACGGUUCUAGUUCUAUCUUGCAAAACAAACUUUUGUCCUUCAAAGUUUGUAAAAGGUGUCACGAAAUUAAAUGAAGUGCUGGUCGAUAUGACCAUUGACAGUGACAUUCCUUUCUUACCUUUUUUUCACCCUAUAAAAUUUAAUUUCUUCUAUUACACGUAGGUACCUGAGAACUGUCUUGUGGGCGAGAAGGGACAAGUAAAGAUCUCAGGCUUUCAUUGUGCGAGGUGAGAAAAAAAGAAGAAACAACUACAAAUACUUAAAAUUAAACCGCGGCUUAAGUUAGACUUCGUUUAAUAUUUGGCCCUAAGAGUUUGACAUAAUGAUAGCAUUUUUACUUGUCUGAAAGUAUAUUAUCGGAGGAACGAAUACCUUUAGCUACAGCUUUUCCAGUGAAUAUAAUGUUGAUUAAUGCUGCAUUCACAUUUCAUCUAUUUUGCUUCGCGAGUAUCGAUAAAAAAAAUAGGAUAGUGACCUAAUUCUUCAACCAAAGGGAAUAAUCUAUAGGCGAACAGACUUCGAACUACUGAACCACAGACACAAUUCAGGUAGCGCAAGGCCACUAAACUUGUGCUCUAGAAUUGCAAUCUAAGUGCUUAUUUGUUGCUUAAUAAGGAUACUGUGAGGAAGCGAAAUAAGAAAGAGAUCGGUUUUUACCAUACACAGGUCUCCAUGGUGCAAACGACCGUUAUCGGAUGACGUUUAUAAGAGUAGAAUUCCGAUUACAGCUCCUGAGUGCAGCCAAAGUAUCCAAACGUUCCCAGCUGAUGUAUGGGCAUACGGUAAGCUCGCAAUUAACAUGCAUUAUCAUUCAUUCAAAAUAUUUUUUCAUUUCUGAUUGGCUAAAGGCACGCCUUCGGCCUCGGUGGAUAACACCCUACUAGAUCUGCAGAAUUCUUCACAUCCUACUUAGCCCCAUUCAACAAUUGCUAAAUGUGUAUGAAUUUUACUAUGGUUCGUUCGUCGAUGAGUGGUGGCAUGACACACCAAUUGCCCCAUGUAAGGGAAUCUAUAAAGACAGUCAUGGAUUCUGCAUUCCACGCCGUAGGACUCCUGAUUCCAGGUACUUGAUUCCAGUCUUUGUCAGUGGAACUUAGAUUUUGGAUUCGAAUCUUUAGUAGGAUUCCGGAUUCCUUGAGCUUUAUUCCGGAUUCCAAAGCCCAGGAUUCCUCAAGCAAAUAUUUCACAGAUUCAGGAAUCAGGAUUCCCUUUCAUGGGACGACACCAAUCAGGUUUUGCGGGAUUCACAGAAUGGCCCAAAAGGUUUCGGUGACGGGUUAUCACCCAUCUUGUCGUUAAAAGGUUUUUGAUAACAAAGAAAAAGGCCAAAAUAUAUCAGUUAGAAAACGUUCAUUUUACAGUGUUUCAAACGAGGAAAGUGCUACGUCCAAGUCCACCGACUUAAACUAAGCCCUACCACCUUUUAAGGUAUUUCAAGAUUCUAUGGUGGUCACUGCAAUUCGAGGUUUUUUUUUCCUUUUCAGGCUUCUUCAUUUACGCUGUCGUUACUGUAGGGAAACAACCAAUCACAACCUUAGACCAGGUAAGGCAAAGAAUACACAAACUCGCACUGUGGAUGUUAUCAGUUCCUUUAGGUCAACAAAUAUUGACGCCUCCAACAGCUUAAUAUAAACUUUGUUUUCCCCUUUUAGGUUUUGAAGUUUAAUCCAUCAAACGAUUCAUUGGAUCAGCUGGCUGGCUUUGUUGACAAGAUUAAACUGUGCUUACAGAGGGUGCGUUUAACAUUUCAAGUCAAUGCAGAUGAACACUUUUACUCUGUUACUACAUGUUAACCAAUAAUGCGGGCAUAGCUAUAUGCUGAGUUUUCAGUUCAAUAAACUUACAGAGAUGGGUACCGCAUUUGUAUCAUAAGUACUGUACAGCAACAGCAAGCUGGUGUAUAACACAAGAGGUGCUUAUGUGAAAAGUAGCGAAUUUUUUAAUUUACUCUUUUUCAUUUUUGGAAUCAUAAUGAUAACGAUAAUCAUGACUCUUAAUAUGACGAUAAUGAUUAGAUCGUUUCUUUUAAGGAUCCUAAUGCCCGUCCUACUUUUCAAGAUCUUCGAGACCAGGUAUCCUUGAAAACUGGCUCAUCAACUCCAAGCUGCUCUACACAUUCUCUGGAAGGUAUGGCAAGGUUUACGAAAAGAUGUGGCAUAUUUUAUCGCUUCUAGACUAAGUUCGGAUUAAAGGGACACGGUCAGCUAUGGGACCGCCCUGACCUGGACACUACAUUUGUCAGUUUGAAAAGAGUUUACCUCAACCCGAAAUCAAAUGAACGCGUCGGCUACAUCUAGAAAUCCGCUUCAAUCUUGCCUAGUGUUUCAUUCGAUCCUCGAUCUUUUACAGAUAACCUGUUUUUGAGCAAACUUUAACUCAUCCUAUUUAUCAUAUUUUGUUAAAAACAGUAUCCAAAGGAACAAGAACAGAAGAGGUGAGAAACGCGUAGGCGCCGGCCGGGAGAAAUCGCUUCUUUACCAAAAUAACAAAAGAAAUGAAUCAACAACAUUGGUGAACAAGUUAUAUGUAUUUGGAAAAUCGAUGGUAAAGGUUACAUAUGUUUGGAAAAUCAAGCUUUCCCGACCUUGAACCUUCAACAAUGAUUCAUGCCGACUCCGUGUCAUUUCUCACCUCUGCUGAUGAUCGAAUUCAGAAGUAUUCGUCGAUGUUUGGCUUUCCCUGGAAAACAAAUCGGUGAAUUCUCAAUGGUAUAUCAAAAAUGUGUUCUCUGAUGUGGCUUAGGGUCUAUAAUCAUUAUUUGGGCUUGUAACCAGUUCAACUCUUCAAGGUUUGUUUUGAGUAUUCCGGAUACGCUUCUGGCUUUCUGUUUCACGUGCGUGUCUUGUGACAUACAAUUCAGCUAAGAAAUGGUAUCAAACGGCAUGUGCAUCAGCUGACCGUGUUCCUUUAAGAUUAGCCUUGCUUGAGAAUGAAAAGAUUCACCACUAACGCAACUCUCAUAAUACAGUUUGCCUGCUCCCCAAACAGUUUGUAUAACCCUUGGUUUUUAAUUUCCCCUGGGUAUUACAGUCGUCCCACUCUCUCCUCCGCAGAGGCUCCCGCUGGGUAUCCCAAUAAAAACAGCAAUAAUGGAAAAAUAGAAAGCCCCCGGGGGACGAUGGGAAGAGGGAAAAGGCGGGAGCCUCUCUUCUCUCGAUGUUUCCCCUUUCCAUCGUGCCCCGCGCGCUUUCUAUUUGUUUCUCCCAGCUUCCCUGCGACACAAAGAGGCCUCUGCGGAGAAGACAGGUCGUCCCAAGAAACAUCUAAGACAAUACUUUGCAAAAUAGCUGCUUAACGUUUUUAAUUAAUUGCCAGAUUCACUAAACGCUCAGACUUUGACAGAGGAUGGGUUUCCAAGUUACCCUACCAAAACGAUGACAAGAAUGACAAAAGAAUCAAAUGCAGAAGAAUCAAUGGAGGAUGACAACGUAGCCAUGGACUGGGACAACAGCGAUAUAACAGUUACCUAUUCCCGGGAUGAGCUUCGAAGGCGCCUUAAGGAUGCAGAAUUAACAGCAUUAAGGGCAAAGGCGUUGCAGAAACGUGCUGAAGCUGUGAAGGAUACAAUCCUUGAACAAGUAGCAGAGGCAGAGGCAAAGUGUUUGAAAGAAGUCGAGAUGAUGACAAAGACGUUCCUUAUGCGACUGAACGAGGCCAAUGAUCGUGCAGCGGAGGCUGAACAGGCUCAAUACUUAGCGGAAGAAGUGCGGCGGCUAACGGAAGAGAAGUAUACGCUCUAUAAGUAUGAAAGUGAGAAGAAUAUGCAUGAACUAAAGUCCAUGUUUGACGAUGCUCUGCUUGAAAGGGAUGAGCUCAUUGUAGCUUUGAAAACUGUGGGCAAGGACUUCGAUACGGCAGAGUGGAUCUCGCCAAAACGUCGGGACUCAAUCCGCCAGCUCGAGGAAAAGUAUCAACGAUACAUCUCUACUAGUGAUCGAACGAUACAGAGUUUGAAAACACAACUGAAUGGAGUUGUAAAGCAGCGAGAUCAACUAGCGUCCGAUCGAGAAGUAAUUAGAAACGAGAUGAAAGAUACUCGAGACGCUUUGGAACAGGCGGUAAAGGACAAAGAAGAGUUUCAGUUCAGAUUAGAAGAAUCACAGUUUGAGAUUGAGCGACUGGAAGAAAUGAUAUCCACCAUGACGCAAAAAAGACAACAAGCAGAGCGCGAGAGAGACCAGCUUCAGAUGUUGACGGACAUGUCCUUAAUGAAGCUUAGGCACGCGGAAUCUGGAGGUCCAAAGAAAAGAGCAUCCGUUAGUUCCUUUCCUCCAAAGAUUGAUGAGCUUCCAAAAGAAAAGCGAGAACCAAGCCUGAGAAGACUUUCUGAGCAGCUUCUUCAUCUAAUUGGCCCCUCGCCAACUGAAAAGCUCUCCACGUCGGUUGUAAGCGAAAACCGGGAAAGUGCCGUCCCCAUUCUUAAGGAUCCUUCUUCCAGUAAAUCGCGCGAGGACGGCAACAAAAAGACAAAGCAAGAAAUUACUAAUAGAAGGUUAAAUGCCGUGAAACUGCCCUUCCUGGAAAAAGUCAACGAAACUAUAGAAAACAAUCAUGAAACUGAGCCGUUUAACCAGUUCGUUCUUGCUGAGGAGAUCGACACAGACGAAAGAGAAUAUGGGCAUGUGUCUCCGAUGAAGAGUUCAAAAACAGUAAUAAGUGCAGAUCUUGACAUCAUUCAGAAGGAUAACCAGAUGGAUAACUCUAUUGACUCUGGAAGCCAAACCAGAAAUGACGCAAGACAGUUCACGAUUCCGACCUUGCACAUUGAAGAAGCGGAUACCGAUUCAGAGAUGGAGUCUCAAAGGGAACCUCCCGAAAUAGAAAUAUCAGAUGUUGAUGAGCAUGACCUGUUAGAGCAAAGGGAUGAGGGAGAUGACCUCAUGAACCCAGAUUCCCCAAUGUUCAUUGUGGGAGGCGAAAAUGGUGAAACUCGAAUUGUAUACAGUUUUGACGACCUUUCAGAACUGCUAGAAGGUAUCCCUCAAACAAGUCUAUAG